AUGGUGUUACUCGACGAAUCAGAAGACGACCUACCUCCAGCCAAGCAAGCACGGACGUCUGGGCCGACGGUAGAAACCUCCACUGCUGACGAAGAAUCUGCGGCUCCAACAGAGGAGACCACAGAACCAACAGCCUCUUCUCCGGUGCAGUCUCUGGAUACUCUGCUCAACGAGGCUGAAGCAGAGGUAGCAGCGGAGAAUCCUUCUGACGACGACACACUUCUCACUGAGGUGUUAACAAAGCUCAAGCGAAAAGCCAUUCGUGAAGGAAAAAGGAAGGCUACCACCUCGGCUGUGCCCCCAACACCUGAGGCCACAGAGUCAGAGGAAGAAGACAUGGACGUCGAAGACGAGGAGCCCGAAGGCUCAGACAUGGAGGCCAACAAAGCUUACCAGCCCUUCUUCUACACUGCGGAUGCGGCAAAGUCUUGGCAAAAUGUCAAAAAGAUGGAGUGUUACAGUGAGCGGAACAUCGAGCAAGACUCAUUUAAAGUGCUCAAUCUGGUGGAAUUCUUCAAAUCUCGCCAUCUGUUCAAGUCCGUGACGGAGGUAGAGCCGUUUGUUAAAGCAGUGGUGCAGCUGGUUUAUAGCAACUUGACAGCCGAUUUCGGAAACCCAAAGUCCAGGAAGUACGGGAAAGCUUUUUACAGGAACACGGUCUUUAAUUUGACGCCUUCGGUCAUCAAUGGAAUUCUUGGCACGCCUGAUGUGAAGCCCACAGCAGUAAAGAACAUGGACAAAGUGGCCUCAGUCAUCACUGGUGGGAAAGUGCGGAAAUGGUUAAAGCCGAUGAAAUCAUCCACCUUGUCCUAUCUGUAUUCUGCCUUGUUCAAGAUCAUGACCAUGAACUGGAUUGUGUCAACCAACUCCACCGUGGUUACACAACAGCAUGGCAUACUUCUCUAUUGCAUUGGAGAAGGAUUGCCAUUUAAUCUAGGUCAGGUUAUCUUUGAUCAAAUUGCCGCUUCUUCUCAAUUGUCGGGGUUGCCGUUCCCCUCUUUGAUUUUCAGGGCACUUCGGAGUCAAGGUGUACAGGUGAAAGCGUCUGCCAAGAGGGAGGUCAUUCAUGAGUAUGCUCUUACGAGCAUGCUCUUUAGCGAGGGCAAAGUUGCUGAUCUGCCCUGGGUUAAUCCAGUUGCUGCUCCCUCUGUUGAGGACACUACCAUGAUCACAAUACCUAAGGCAACAUUGCAGGCCCUGUUGCAGCAUAUCGACGAAUUGGAGAACAGCCUUCUGCAAGCCCGAAGAAUUCAGGGGGAGUCAUCGUCAAUCCUGAAUCAAGCCAAAGGACAGUUAACUGCCCUCCUUUCUUCCCAAAAAGGGGGAGAAGAUGCUGCUGCUGAUGCUGCUGAGGGAACAGGAGAGUAA